AUGUGUCUCGCCUCGGCCAGUCAGAAGCAUUGUGUCGUCAAUGCUACCAACUUUAUAGAGUGUUUUAUGCAAGCGAAUGGCCAUGCUCAAGCUUUGUCUCACGGAGAUGUGCUGAAGUUCUGUGGGACGAGACUUCUGAUUCACAUUCACAAGGGCCUGGACACGUGUGACGAGUGUGAGCCAGGCCAGGUGCAGGCCAGACUUCAGGCUGCCAAGGGAGUUUAUAAUGGUAGGAAAAAAGAACUAAAACAUAUUAAAAAGAAAUAUGGGCUACAGCAUUCAUACUUCGACAACUCCGGCAGUAAGCUUGACAAAGAAUUAUAUGCAGACAAGGCUUUCCUUAGACGGAAAUACAUCGGCAGUGAAGUGGAUGUCGGAGGGACUAGUCAGCCAGCAUCUGUACACAGCCCCAUCACUGCCACCAACAAAGGGCACAAACUCCUAUCUAAGAUGGGAUGGAAAGAAGGAGAAGGGCUCGGUCGAGAUAACGCUGGGAUUUCAGAACCUAUCAACGUGGAGCUUCGUGUCAACCAGAGUGCAGGCCUGGGAUCUUCUCAAGGUGUUUCAUUGUCUUUAGACAAUGUUCAGGAUGCCAACAAAGCAAAGCGCUGGAGCCAGGCAAGGCAGAGGUAUCAGCAGCUGGCAUCGUCAGCUGGGAACCAAACUGUGACGUCGGCACCUUCCUCUCCAUCUAUUUCCACCAUUCACCAGGACACUGUUCUCACCACUGGCAAUAAUACACCAUCCUCAUCUGUACAAAUACCAAAAUUACCUGCUGCAAGUAUUGAUAGCUAUCCGUCUCCAUUUAUGUCAUCUUCUCAAGGGAUGUCUGGUCAGAUGACAAAGUCAGGAAUGUCCUGGGUCAGAGGAGAAGUACAACAAAACGAAGUUGCUGUUUCCUCCUCAGAUUCUCCUCAGGGUGUAAAUUCCACAGCUGCCACCUCAGACAAUACUUGAGGCAUUUUCAAUCAUCAUCAAUCAUCUUCUCGAUUUUAAACUGCUGUUUUCUGUCUAAUCGUUUGUUUGAGUAAAGAAAGGCACAUCAACAAACGAUAAUGGUCAGUUAUGGUCAGUUAAUGGAAGGAAAAGCCCAAAACAGACAGACCAACUGACAGAAAUAAAAGAGAGUAAGGAAAAGAAGUAGAACCUACCAGUGGUGCCCUCCAACCACCGGCUCUGUCAGAUUGUCAGUUUAAACACACUCACACUCUCACACACACACACACACACACACACACACACACCUUUAUUUCCCCUAUAGUGAGAUCUCUGAUGAAAAGUAUAGAAAAUGGGGUCCUAUCGAUUUAUUCAUCACAAUUACGAACGUUCUGAUGGAAAGAGAUUGAUCCUAGCAGUUGGGAAAUCGGUCAGUAUCUGGAAAAAAAACGCGACAAAAUGGCAUGGAAGACUGGCAUACCAUGACCCUCCCUGUCUAAAAACAUCACAGUUAACAAAGGACAGAGGAAAUUAUUUAUUUCAUACGUACAGUACAGUCCAUCACAAAGACUUCAGGGAACUUCUGAAGAGUGUCCCUCAUAGCUUUGGUCUGCCAAGCACAGAAAAGAAAACCCCCGUUUUCACCCUGUCCCACCCUCCCAAAGCCACCCUCUUCCACAAAACAAUCCAAAAUUCCCUGACAAGCAUCCCCAUCAGAAUACCCCCAUCCCCAGCAAACAGUCUAGAACAGUUGUAAACGUCCUUUGUAAGGCCAGACUCUCCAUGUCGUCUUUCAACAAUGAAUCUUUUUUCCGCUGUGUUCAUAGUGCUGGACGCCAGUUUCGUCUUGUACAGUUCAUCUGGAGUAAAGCGUUUUUACUCUGGAUACAGCUGAAGCACCUUAAAAACAACUCUUCAAUUCCGCAGCAGCCUGUUGGGGGUUUAGGGGUCCAAUACAGUCCGUAUCUGGUCUGCUUCCGCUCUAAUAGCCGAAUAUUCGACAGCAUGUGUACUCUUAUAAGCUGUUUGGCGCUAUCACUUGAUCCACCGAAAGAAAAAUAAAUAUGUUUUCAAAAAGCCUGUGAAAGAACAACAAACGUAUAAAGUACACGUUGGAGUCAAUUUGGCGGACUUUUAUUUAGUACCGAAACAUAUUGGGCAGAAAUCAACUUACUCUUAUGCCGUUGCGAGCGCCGUGAUACUCUUACUAAAACAAACAAGUCAACUUAUUUUUCUCUUGACGUUGAAACUAAAAGCAGCAAUAUAAUUAAGGGAACAUACACCUUUGAAGGCUACUUUCAAAUUUGUAACAAAAGAAUUUAUUCUUUCGGUUGAGUGUAAAUUCACCACUAUUUUUGAGGUUAUGUAACUCGUGCGUGCAUGCUAUAGGUCUUUCUGCUGUUAACUAGUUUAAAUAUAAUCUAUUGCAAUUAUGACAAAAUAGUGAGUCUGAAAACCACAUGUCACCAUAUGUGCUGGCAAGUCAUGACUGAAAAAGUAAUAUGGACAACAGGUAACAAAAACAAUUCUUGUUCAACAAGACCGAGUAGGUCAUCAAAAUAUAAAAAGCAAAAAAACUGGAUCACUUACACAUCAUGUGCUUUCAUGGCUAAAAAGCGAUCAGCUCUGCCUGUCCAUCAGUUCCAUGAAACAUACCCUUGGCAGCAUGUUCUUUUUCUCUUAAAGUUUAAAGAACAAACUCAUUUCGGUGAAAAAUAACUACAAGCAGACUCACUUCUGCUGCUUGAUUUUGUUGUAUACAUAAUCCUUGGCAUUGUUCCAUGUUCGGCUGGAGAUCACACCACUUUCUUUUUCUAAAACUUCAUCAGUUUUGUGUUUUUGUGGCACUAAACGCAUUAAGAUAUAACGGAGAAGAAAGGGGUGGCAGUGGCAGCAAUCAGUUCUCCUGGAAUUGUGAGAGGUUCUCCGUACAUUAACUCAGCCACUGAAGUUCCGAUGUCCUCCUUAGGAACAGUUCUUAGGCCCAGCAUGACCCAUGGUAGUUGUUCCAUCCAGUUGGGACUAUGCAGUCGAGCCAUGAGUGAGGAUUUAAGAGUCCUAUGGAAUCUCUCGAUGAUUCCGUUCGACUGUGGAUGAUAGGAAAUCGUUCGAUGGAUCUUAGUCCCCAGUCUUUCCAUAAUUUCCGUCCAGAGGGCAGACGUGAAUUGAGAACCCCUGUCGGAAGUAAUGUCUAUUGGGAUGCCAAAACGGGCUAUCCAUACACUGAUGAGCGCAUGUGCACAAGUGACAGUAGAGGAGUUUUGUAGUGGUAUCACUUCUGGCCAGCGUGUGCUGCGGUCAAUGAUUGUAAACAGAUAAGUGUAUCCAUGGGAAGAAGGGAGAGGUCCAACAAUGUCCACGUGUAUGUGACUGAAUCUUUUCUUUGGUGUUGGAAUCUUCUCAAGUGGGGCGUGGACGUGUGUGUGUACUUUGGAUCGUUGGCAAUCCAAACACUCUCUUACCCAUUGUCUAACUUGUUUCUUCAAACCAUGCCACACGAACUUCUGGGACACAAGUCGUACUGUAGCUCUUACCCCUGAAUGUGAAAGGCUUUGUAUGAUGUCAAAAACUUGACGCCGGAAGUCUGGCAGCACCACUGGGUGCAGUUUCCCUGUGGAGAUGUCACACAACAGUUGAAGACCGGUUGGUUCUACAGCUGUACAAACCAGACGGAGAUUUGUGAUGGCUGUGCGAUAGGCCUGAACUUCGUCGCCCAUGUUGAAUGUUAUCUUGGAAAUCCGUUCCAAGUUUCGGGGUCACCAAUGUAGGAGUAGCGCUUAAAUAAAGCUAAGACAUACCUCUUGAGUUGUUGUCACUUGAACUGCUCGCCUCUCGGUCUUGAUUUUUACUCACUGUGUCACUCUCGCGGAGAGUACGUCCCUUGUCCUUGUGAGGUCAAUGCGAUCGUACUCGUAGUGUUGCGCAUAACCCCACAAGAUCCCAAUUUUUUUUCUGGAGAUCCCGAAAUCUUGAUUUAUAGAUUUCAUAGAGUGGCAGGUAUGCACACUGCACACACACACACACACUCUCCCACACACGCACACACACACACACACACACACACACACACACACACACACACACACACACACACACACGCACGCUCACCAUUGCCAGAUGUAGAGAAAGAGAGUGAUUGACAGGAAUGUGAGUUGAUGAGAGCAUUCUGGUUGGUAUGAGUUUUAGACCUUGUCCUAAUUCUGUGAUAAUGCCCAUCAUGAAAAGUGCAUAGAGAACAGAAUCAUGUAUCUCUUCACAGGGUGAAUUUCAUUAGCUCUUCAUGUUCCUAUGACUUUUCUUGUUUUGUUGAUGAUUAUUUUUGUUAAAUAAUUAAAAGGUGCUAUUGCAUUGAGA